UGUUCGAAACGAUCUCAAGUGUAAAAAGAAAUGAACCGUUCUUAAAUAACAAACGCCUAAGGUGAAUUGCCGCACAGAUAUCCCUUGUGUAAAAAAAAAAAAAAAAAAAAAGUGAACCACUUUUGUCAAUCAAAUGUGACAAUAGAAAAAUAGAUUCGGGGUGUCCAGAAAAUGAAUGAAGGGAUCGAUGGAACUCUGAUGCUUUGUGUGACUUGAGCGUACGCGUGUUCCGGAUUACAAAAGCUCGAGACUCACUUUGGAUGCCGCUGAACCGACUCUCACUUUUCUUUCAAAUCGACUUUGCUCCAAAAGAUUGGUUUGUCUCGAUUUCGAAGUACGGAUUGGACUGAGGCCUGGAGCUUCUUCCCAUUUCAUUUGCUUUUCCUUGAAGCGCUCGAGUCUGGGUAAUGGUGCCAUCCCUUGGAAAUCUCGAGAACCGACUGCCGCGGCCCCACUGACACAUGGCCACGCAGCUGCUGACAUUAUCUGUUACACGGAAAAGACGAUAGGCUUUCGUGCCACUGGGAAUGGCAUGCGCGCUAUGUGCGCCAUUCCGCGUCAGGCCUCCCCGUUGCUCCUCGCAGCUCUUACAUAUGUACCACGGGAAACACGCUGAGAUCAUAAUGCGUUGCUUUCGGAUUAAAGCUGCAAUGGACGGUGUUUUUCCACUCGAACGGAGGACUUUAACCUUCCGUCUUAAGGUGGUGUCGGCGGCUGUUUGCCGACAAGUAUCAGGCCGAGGCACGAACUAUUUUAUAUGAGAAAAAAAGGGCAAGGAUGGUUGAUUGCCAUCUAGUGGAAGAGCAAUUAAUUGUCCUGCCUGUCACUCCACGUCAUUGGCACGGAUGGCUAAAAAACAUACUCUGUUCUACUGAUUUGUGCUGAAUUAAUUUGCCAAUUUCCCGCAGAACACCCGAUGCGGUCUCGGUUCUGGCUUAGACGAGGUGUAGAUUUGUUUGCUGAAGUUGUCGAAGGGUUCAGAAGAAAAUGUGGGCCGCAGGAGCUCUGCCAUUGCUCUCCAGUGACAAGUGGGACUUUUUUUACACCUUCUUUCUAAAUAAGGAAGCGGCCCGACAGACAUAUGACCACCGACCCAAUUUGGGAGCAGCCCCGAGGGCCCGCUCCACCACCCCGCCCUCCGCCCCCUCUGACUGCGCCAGCGACGACAAAACAUUGAACGCGAUUUCCUGCAGCCAUCAGGACCAUCUCUGGCCUUGCGUCGGGAGUCAGAUCCAGGGAGGAUGCAGGGCCACCGGCUGGCCUGAGGAGGGGGGGAGGGGGGCUCUCUCUCUCUCUCUCUCUCUCUCUCUCUCUCUCUCUCACUCGCUCUUUUUUUGGCGCAUGGCGGAUUAUAUCUUGCAACUCUUUUUCUUUUUGGUCGAGGAGCAGGAGAGAGAGCAAGCAAGUGCGUGCGUGCGUGUGCGUGGGAGAGAGCGAGAGGCGUGGAGGUAGGAGCUGCAAAACAUGGUCAUCGCCAGCGGCAGCACCAGCACCAUCACCUCCGGCGUCUCCUCUCCUCUCCUCUCCUCCUCUGCACCGGGGCUUGCGUUUCAUGCCCCGCACAGCUCCAGAAAUAACCCUCAGCCAGCAUGCCGAAGGGAGAAAAACAAGAAGAGCGGUAUUUUUAGGCUCGUUAAUUGGGCCCACGUGGUCUGAAGGUAAACCGGAUGGCCGGAGCUCACAGGCUCCUCGUCGGUAUGUCCUGCGAGGCCGGCGCGCCGCACUGGACGCUGACCGCGGCGGUUCUCUUGAGCCUCCUGCUGGGCAUCGCGUCGGCGUACCCGCGACCGAACGGCACCUCGCUGCUGGAGAAGCGAUGGGAGACGCUCUUCUCCCGCUCCGUGCUCGGCAUCUCCGGGGAAAAGCCGCAGCUCAACUGGGAGAGCGACUACCUGCUGGGCAUCAAGAGAGUGCGGAGGCUCUACUGCAACGUGGGCAUCGGCUUCCACCUCCAGAUCCUCCCCGACGGCAGGAUCAACGGGGUCCACCGCGAGAACCAGUACAGUCUCAUUGAGAUCUCCACGGUGGAGAGAGGAGUGGUGAGCCUGUAUGGAGUCAAGAGUGACUUGUAUGUUGCCAUGAACAGACGAGGGAGGUUAUAUGGGACGACGGUCUUCCGUGACGAGUGCAAGUUCCGAGAGAGGAUGCUCCCCAACAACUAUAACGCCUAUGAGUCGAUGGCGUACGGAGGCUCCUUUGUGGCGCUCAGCAAGCACGGCCGCGUCAAGAGGGGCGACAAGGCCACUACUGCCAUGACUGUGACACACUUCCUACCCCGGAUAUGACCUCCCCCAAGCAAAGACUGGCAAUAACACACUUAUUUGCACAUGUGGAUUCUUUCCCAGGUAACUUCGACACCCUACCCAUACCGUACAUCCAUAAAAACCCACAAUGGACGGUCACAGAGAGAAUAUCCAAUAGUAUUUAUUCAGACGUUAGAUGUAUAUUUGGGUAGCUUUCUUUGUUUUAGGAAUGAUGAAAUGCCUUUCUUUGCUGCUUUUUGGGAUUGAAACCAAUGUUUGACGGGGAUGGAGAGAGGCUUCGGCGGUCUCCUCAUUCUAUUGUACGGGUGCUUGUUGAAGUCAACGGAGCGCGUGCCCCGUCAGCUCUUCUUUUUGGAUAUGAUCAUUGUAUUACCUCAAAGCACCAACAUUUCGAAAAACAAACAAACAAAAUACAUGCAUGGAACUUCUACAGAGGAAACACACCCAAAAAAUGCCUGUGAACAUGUUUUUGUUGUGCGCCAUCGCCGUUUGUCGGCAAUCGUCUGGGGCGGGGCGACUGGAGCACUCGCGACAAUGGCGGUGGUUGUUGUUACUUUGUCAGGAGGCAGCGGUGCCUUGAAUUCCCGUGGCGGCCGCCCUCCCUGCCCCACACGCUCGACUCCCUUCGCACGCGAGAAAUGCCGGCGCUUAAGUCCGAAAUAGGAAUGAGAGACAAGUCGUCGGACGCCACCGCUGGCGGGCCGUACGGUGUUCCCUCUUGGAAUUAGAUGAAGGAAGUGAAACGGGACCGUGCGCGGCAUAUGGCGCGGCACGGCCUUUUUCUUCCCGCGGAAAGAUUUGAAAGGGAGAUUUGACAAUCCCACAAUUGAUUCAAUGUUUGUGGAAAUGCCAUUGUAAUACAAGGAGGAACACCAUGUCAUUUUCCUCAACGGGUGGGUGCAUUUCGGGUGCCGUCUGGCAUUUGGACAAAAAGUCUCUCUUGGUCAGGCACUUGGUGGCCUUUAUACAGGAAAUAGAAAAAUGGUGACGUGUUAGAUGCUGCUAGUCGGUUCACUGUCAGUUGAGGGUCUGCUUUGAGGGACAUUUGAGGACUCUACACUUCAGGUACCCCAGUCUCUCAGAUUUUAGAUUUGUGUUUAUUACUGAUGGAAGCUAUUUAUGCAAAGUGGUCACUGAGUAUGUAGCGUACUUUACUUGAAUGCGACACUUCGACUAACGAGGCAACGGGCAGAUGAAAGGUGAUGCGCGGCGUUGGACUUAUAAGGACCUCUGCGCGUGGCCUCCAUUGUUGAUUUAACUCGGCGAGGAUGCGAGUAAUGUGGGCGAACGUUGCGGAGCCUCUGGACAAGUGGGCCCCGUCCGGCGAAGCCAUUUGCGUACCGGGGCUGGAGGUGCUGACGUCUCCUUGUCGGGUCACUGACGUUUAGUUAUUUUCUUGUUCCGACCUCAGACGAAGGUUGGUCGGGACUCGUCGAGACCGUUUUCGGUAUACAGAGCCCGAACUCUCAGUCGACAAUAAUACUGUGUUUCCUCAAAUAGUGGCCUCCGCUCGAAUAGACACUUUUUCUCAAUUAUUAGAUUAACGCCUCUUCUCAAACAGACACCUCGGCUGCGAAGUAGAAAUCGAGUUCAGUUCAUCAAGCGCAGCGUCGCCACGAAGCCGACUUCCACACAUCUACCAAGUUGGUUGCUAACAGCAGCACGUAAACAAUCGCUUGAGCAGGUUACGCAGACGUACAUUUAAAAUGCGAGAGUGACACGCGGCGAGAAAAAAAUCAGGACGUUCGUGCGUCAGCGGCGGGCCGCGCCUUUGGUACCUGGUCCUUCAGUGGGGACCACCUCUUAACCCCACUCAUAUCAUGUCGCUAUUCUAUAUCAAUACAAUAUAAUAAACCACCACACAACUGUGUCAUGUUCAUCUGGAGCAGUUCAGAAUGAAUAUUUGAUCGAAUAACAUGACCUAAACAAAUGACAUACAAUACGUUAUACUCAUCAGAGAUGCUGAUUAUUACAUUUAUUCGUGCGUGCAGAUCGCUACAGACGUGUUUUGCUUGUUGAACCUGGCUUGCCCCGAUCAACCAAUCAAAGACCAGCAAAAUCAUCCCGUUAUUGUUGAUGAUCCAUCGCCGGUGCGCUUACUGCUCUUAUAGUCCACGGUGCCCGGUACAGCAAACGGCGCACACACUGCGGCCAUCGCCGCUGACGAACGAUGAGUCCUAUUCAGAGAAUCACGGCGCCCGUGGCUCGCCAAAACACACACAAUACUUUCUGCUUGUAAAUAUUGAACAGGUUUAACAUUGCCAAUUCUCGCCCCAUUUUCAGAACAGUUUGGGGUUGGAAAAAUCUCUCUUAACACCCCACGCACCACAGGCGAAUUGGUCACGGUCAGGAUAAUCUUGAGAAACUUCCGAUGAUCAGGGUUUUGCGGACUUUAAAUGAAUGAAUUUGGGUUUUGGUCGCUUGUUCUAUAUGCUUACAUUUCGAGCAGUUCCACACGGUCUACCUCUUUCAAGCCUGCUUUUUUUUUUUUUUUUUUCUGUGCAUUUUAUAAAGUCCCAGUUGAACUUAUCUAAAUUAUUCACUGGCUAUUACUAUCCUACUUGAGCGAGCCAUUAAUUACAUCAUUGCUGUUGCAUAAUUGCAACUCCAGCUGACAGCGGACCUUCCGUAAUAUCGAACAAACAAACAAAUGGAUAAGUUAUAAUAACAUAAUAUCGUUUUAAGCUGUGCAUUUUAAAAAAUGUCAUACAAAAAAAGAACUUUGUGUUCCUCUACUUAUAUUAGAGAUGUUUUCAUGCAGCAACUCAUGAAUUUGCCUGAAAAAUCAUCCAACCCACUGGAAACUGAACAUCUUUUUUCCUGUGUCCGAGCAAUGCAUCAUGGGAUCUUGCUUUCCUACUGCCCAUUGGUUGUUCCCAACUUUUCAAGCUGCAUUGUGGGAUACAUUUUAAGGCACAUGAUCGGGGAUAACCUAUCGUCAUUACACGUUCGAGGAGCACCGAUGGAUUGGGAGUGAUUCCUAACGCAGCCCUGCUGUCGCUAUGAGAGGAAAUGCAGUCCUCCUUGGACAAAAACGGAAUUUGUUUUGGGAGGCGAUGGCACGGUCGGUCAUACAUUUUUACGAUUAGUAGUGGUAAACGUUUUCACGCAUGAUGGUUACGAAUAUGACUUAAACGAUUGCCUCUAAUGUUAAUUAAGGUAAAAGGGGAGCCUGGAAAAUCACUUUUUUAAUCUGGGGAAAAAAACAAAAUGAAGCUUGAUCAACAUUGUGUUCAACUUUACAGGUUCUGCUGUACUACUGCAAUUUUGUGCAUGUAGCAAAGUACCACUCAGGCCAACUUGGUGGAGGAGUAUGAUGAUGAUUUUUGGUUUUCCUUUGAAAUGUCGUCACCGUUUACCUCAUACACACUCUAGCCGUAACAUGCUGUGGGCAGCGCAUUAGGGGGGAGGUCCCGCAGGCUCCCGCAGGCUCCCGCUCAUGUUUAGUAACUGAGAUGAGUAUGCGGCACCCGCACGCCGAGUGCGGCCAGGCCAGCGCCUGCGCGAGUUGUUGGUUUUCUGCCAAAGUGACAGUACGGGCCAUAUCAAUUGACGUGGAGUCAGGAAUAACCGGACAUCGUGAAGGCAAAAAGGGUGGGGAGAGAGCACAAGACUACGCGGGAAGCACUGGAAGUAGCAAAAAGAAUCCAAUGCUUCCAGGAAUGUCGGUUGCUUAAACACACUGAAUACUGUGAUUUAUUAGAGAAGCUGAGGAUGUUAUCACCACUGAUAAAGCUAUGUUUUGGGUCUAUCGCCAUUACUAUUGUGUUAUUCGUUUUAAUACAUCAUGGAGGAUGGGAAAAUAAUCAGCUGUAGCUUUUCUUUCCCUGCAAUGACAGUGUGGGAUUAAUUUUUGGGAUAAACUGGAAUAGGCAGUGCAAUUUAUUCAACAGGGGAAGAAUCCCAGCCAAACAAGCCCAAUUGUCACAUUUAAAAGCACUUGUUUUUGGAGGCAAUAUUGUGUGAAUAGCUUUUUUUUUUUUUUUUUUUUGGGAUUUGCCAACCGUGGUUUACUAUUGGAUUUUUCAGAGGACACGGUUCAUGAAAAGUGGUUGACGUGGCAAACUGGCAAUAGCAAGACAAGAAGUUUUCAUGAUUAUUAUUAUUAUUAUUGGUUUUUAUUAGCAGUGGCGCUGCGUCGGAUGCCACUUUGGCGGGUGUCUCGAAGGACGAGAACGUCUGUUGCGUGAUGCUGUUUUGAGGCAGACUUCUGGCUUAUUGUUGAAGUAACUGAGAGAAGGUAUUUAUAUGGUGAGAGAAAAAUCGCCCCUGCUCAUCAACUCCCACUUCUGCAACUCCGCAUUAUGCACAUGGAAUUCUCAAUGGUCCCUUUUGAAUAUGCACCCGUGUCAUUUUGCUGACCGUCAGCUGCUUCUAAAGACGUGCGUUGGUUCGCAGGGAUCUCAAGUGAGCGGAUUCGUGCUCAUCGUGUGUCCGCGUGUGCGCCGGCAGCCUUCGUUUCCCUCUCAGUUUCCUAUUCCUGCACUGAGAGGAGAGUGCUUCCUCUUGAGUCCCCCUCCUCUUUUUGAACAUAUACCUCACCUUCUGCCUUAGUUCCGAUUAUUGAAAUGAUUGUAAACGAGUUUGAAACAACAGACUUCUUCAAUCAUUGUUUCUGAAUAAAAAAAAAAAAAAAAAAAAAAAAAAAAAAAUGAUGGCGAGUAAGUUAAAAAGCAAAAAAACAAACCAAAAAAAACUAUAUUACAAAUGGGUUUCCUUUUAUUUUUGUACGUAUGUGCUGUGCACAGCAGUCAACUGUAUUCCUGAAAUGAUAAUAAAAGACAUUUUGUAAAAGUUGUUGUGAUGUCUUCAAGCUUCCAUGUUUAAAAUCCUUUUGGGCCACCAGAAGACGAAUUGAACUUACACUUUGCAUAAACUGGGGAAACACGAGAAAAGGAAAAUCAUAAAAAAAUUACAAUUUGCAACAACACGUGGUAAACUCGAUGUGAUUGGCCGGCGACUCGUCCAGUGUGUAACCCACCACUCGCACAGAGUCAGUUGGGUUUAUCUCUCGCUCACCGCGCGACUCUAAUGAAUACAAG